AUGAAAUUUUCCACAUUUUGUGUCUUAGUAUUAUGUAUAAUUUACGCCCUACUUCAAACUGUUCACGCCAGUAUAGGAGGUUACAUUAGCCCUACAGAUCGGAACAAAUUCAUUCAAAUUUUGAAAAAGUCGAUAAAAGUCGAGGGAGACGAUAUAAUAUCCCCUUACUAUGGAAUUAAAGCUUUCAAGUUACUAAAUAUUCCUUUUGAUACAAAAGAUCCAAUAUGUGAAAAUAUAAAAAAAAAUUUCAAGUAUCAAAGUAUAGAGAGCAGUUUCUACACUUAUAGUGCUUACAACUUGUUAGCAUGUCACGGAAAGAUACACACACCAGAAGCUAUCAAGGCAAUCCAGUCAGUCAUAGAAUCUGGUAAAGCAUCAAUCUCAGAUAUUCGUUACGGUUUGGAAAUAUUGACAACUCUAAAAGAACAAAUUCCGAACCCAUCAAAAAUAGCUCAAGCAUUACAAGCUAAACUAAAAGAAGAUGACAGUCUUCAGAACCUGGGCCAUGCUCUUCAUGCAGCCUCUUUAUUGGGAGACUCUGGGAAAUUUGCUUUGGAUAGAGUAGAAGACAUAGUUGUACAAGCUGAUGAAGUUGAUGGAAAGUUGUUACAAUGGGAAGGAGGUUUAACUACUACAUCAUUGAUUAUAACUGGGUUACUAAGAUUACCAGGAGCUACUCCUCUAAAAUCAUCACAAGCUGAUAAAUUUGCUAAUUACUUAUUGACUAGAAAGACUGUUCAAACUCCCAAAGGUGUACUGGCUCUACUCGAAGCUGCCGCUUCUCUUUCACUUAGUACCGUCUCUCCUGUUAGCAUCUCAAUUAUAGGUCCUCCUCAGAUUUCUGCAGAAAAAUCAGAAUUGAAAAUCCAAGUCUGCAGUAUUUUUGGUGUUCCACAUAGGGUCCCUCCCACGCCCAUUGAAUUAGAAUCUGUUACUAAAUUAGCCGAUAACAGUGUUGUACUCUCCAAACAGGCUCUUAAGCAGGGUGGCUCUUCUACUGAAUUUGUUUUGCCACUUAAGUUAGAUCCUGGUCUCUAUAAGGUUAUUAUAAAUGCUGGUCCACAAUCAUCUGACUUUGUAAUAAGAGCUUUAGGUUCUUUGACUGUUAAAUCUUUGGAAAUUGGUCUAAGCGAUUCUGAUGGUGGUGCUGCUCUCAAACUUACAAAGCUUGUGUACAGAAACAAAUUGGACAAACCGUUACAGGCUGAUGCUAGUCAGAAUUUGAUUAUUAAAUUCUCUCUAUCUAGACCUGUUCAUCAAGCUUUCUUGAGAUUGCAUGCUGCUAAAAGGGAGAUUAUCUUUGUGGCUGAACAGGAUAGUUCUAAGCUGUAUUUGGUUGAGGUUAACUUGGAAAAAGAAUUAUCCGAGAAUGGGAAUUUCGAAAUGGAGUUGAUAUUGGGAGAUGCUUUGAUUACGAAUCCAGUUCGUUGGAAUCUUGGAAAUAUCGAGAUUAACCUAGGGAGUCAUUUAACUAAAGAGAGUCCUAAAGCACUAAGAGGGCCUAAGCCAGAUAUUGAACAUUUGUUCCGUCCUGCUGAGAAAAGACCACCAGAAGCAGUUUCCUUAUUUUUCACUGGAAUUACAGCAGCACCAUUUUUAAUACUCUUGAUAUUGUGGGCUAAAAUUGGUGUGAAUUUUGGUAACUUUACUGCACUAUCUUUGCCUUUCCAUGUCGGUUUUGGGGCAAUUUUGAGCCUGUUUACUCUGUUUUGGUUGAAAUUAGAUAUGUUUGUGACUUGUGCAUGGUUGGUGCCCAUUGGAGGAUUCACAUUCUUCUCCGGGCACAAGCUUUUGAGUCACUUGGCUAGGAGUAGAAAACAAGAAAAGGCUGAUAAAUAG